ACCCUCUGCUUCGGUACCGGCGGUAGUUGGUGAGUGAGAGCCGCGCGUUUGCUGCCAUGCCCGAGCCGGCCAAGUCCGCCCCCGCGCCCAAGAAGGGCUCCAAGAAAGCCGUCACCAAGACGCAGAAGAAGGGCGACAAGAAGCGCAAGAAGAGCCGCAAGGAGAGCUACUCGAUCUACGUGUACAAGGUGCUGAAGCAGGUGCACCCCGACACGGGCAUCUCGUCCAAGGCCAUGGGCAUCAUGAACUCCUUCGUCAACGACAUCUUCGAGCGCAUCGCCGGCGAGGCCUCGCGCCUGGCGCACUACAACAAGCGCUCCACCAUCACCUCGCGGGAGAUCCAGACGGCCGUGCGGCUCCUGCUGCCCGGCGAGCUGGCCAAGCACGCCGUCUCGGAGGGCACCAAGGCCGUCACCAAGUACACCAGCUCCAAAUAAGCUGUCUGUGCACUCUGUGCCAGAGCUGCUUGACCCAAAGGCUCUUUUAAGAGCCACCCACCUUUUCAGUAAAAGGGCUGACGCUGCGGUGACUUGUUCUUGGCUGUCUCGGGGAUGAGA